CUGAAGCAUAUAUAAGUGAUCUAAGUCAAUUUCCAAUGUUGUAAUACACCCGGACAAGUACAGCCCGAACCUUCCAAGACCCCACCACGGCCACACAACGGUAAUCGGCAAUCUCCUUCGGUCACUUAAGUACGGUGUCUUGUGUUGUACGAGUAUAGCCUGCUGACCCUGCCAAUCUGCUCUUCAUUUCGAUUUGAUUCUCUUUGUCAAAACGACCUCGGAUUUAUUACUCCGAAACUCCCCACCUUUGUCCGGCCCAAGGCCAAGACACCAUGCCCGUAGAUCUGUCGCUCUAUUUGGUCACGGAUUCGACCCCGGCCAUUCUCAAGGGGAGAGAUUUAUGUACAGUGGUAGAAAGUGCUUUGCAAGGAGGCGUGACGGUGGUGCAAUACCGGGACAAAUCAAACGACACUGGUCUCCUGGUUGAAACUGCCCGCAAAUUACACCAGGUAACCAAGAAAUACAAUGUGCCACUUCUGAUCAAUGACCGGGUCGAUGUGGCUCUUGCUAUUGGUGCCGAGGGCGUGCAUCUAGGUCAAGAUGAUAUGAACUUCGCGGAAGCAAAGAAGCUUCUUCCCGAGAAUGCCAUUAUUGGUAUCAGUACGUCCUCAAUCGAGGAGGCUAAAAAGGCUACCGCAGAUGGCGCCGACUAUAUCGGAAUCGGUACAAUGUUUGCCACCCCUACCAAAACCAAUACCAAGUCAGUCAUCGGGACGGCAGGUACUCAAGUCAUCUUAGAUGCCAUUAAAGAUUCCGCCAUUGGCACUGUUUCCAUCGGCGGUAUCAACCACUCCAACGUGCAACGAGUGCUCUAUCAGUCUCAGUCACCAAAGAAAGGACUAGAUGGAGUCGCCAUUGUCAGCGCCAUCGUGGCAGCCGAUGACCCCAAAGCUUCUGCCGAGAAAUUCGCCGAGCUCAUCCGAAACCCUCCCCGGUUUGCGCAGGCUUCCAAUCCUCCUCGUGCUAACGAGGCCGAGGCCUUGUUGAAUGAGGUGCCCCAAAUCGUCCGUAAGAUGGUAGAGGUGCAUCCUCUCGUACACAACAUGAUCAAUUUCGUUGUGUCGAACUUCGUGGCCAACGUUGCCCUUUCUAUUGGCGCAUCUCCCAUCAUGGCUCCGUACGGUGAUGAAGCCACGGACUUGUGCAAGUUUGAUGGCGCCCUUCUGAUCAACAUGGGUACAUUGACCAGCGAGAGUGUCUCAAACUACUUAAAAGCUAUUAAGGCAUACAAUGAGCGCGGCAACCCAGUGAUCUACGACCCAGUCGGUGCGGCUGCAACACACAUUCGCCGCAAUGCAGUGACUCAGCUUAUGGCCGGGGGUUACUUUGAUCUGAUCAAGGGUAACGAGGGCGAGAUUCGCCAAACUUGGGGUAGCAGUGUUGUUCAACAGCGCGGUGUCGACAGCGGACCGAGUACCCUUGACGGCAAUCAAAAAGCCACCUUGGCUCGGGAUCUAGCUCGCAGGGAGCGAAACGUUGUGCUAUUGACCGGAGCAACAGACUACCUCAGCGACGGCGAGCGGGUCAUUGCCGUCGAGAACGGCCACUCAUACCUGGGUCAAGUGACCGGAACCGGCUGUGCCAUCGGCACAAUCUCCGGCUGCUUCUUGGCUGCCCACCGAUCCGACAGACUCCUCGCAGUGCUGUCUGGAAUUCUCAUGUACGAGAUCGCAGCGGAGAACGCAGCGGCCAAAGAGUAUGUUCGCGGCCCGGGCAGCUUCGUCCCGGCAUUCGUCGACGAGCUUUACGCUAUCCGCACAGCGGCGGCAAAUGGUGAUGACAGCUGGUUUGCCGGCCGGGCCAAGGUGCAUGAGGUGAAGCUAUAGAUAUCUAGAUUAGUAGACGAGCGAUGUGUACAUACCAGUACAAAAAUUUGACCAUGUAUGAUUGAAA